AAGGACCUGCCUUGCUGGGCAUCCAGAAUGUGCUGAGAACCCAGCCUUCUUCAGCUCUUUUUUGUGAAGGAACGGAAGCAACGUCGACACGACUGGACCAGGAUCUGGUAACCUUCCAAGACGUGGCUGUGUCUUUCUCUGAGGAGGAGUGGGCGCUGCUGGAUCCAGGCCAAAGAGAUCUCCACAGGGAAGUCAUGGAGGAGAAUUUGGUCCACCUGGUGUCUCUGGACCAAAGGUCUACUCUGCUUCAAGUAUGGUCAGGAACAGUCGGUGUGAAGGAAGAGAAACAGAGGAAGAAAAUUGAAUCGGGAAGCAUCCAUGAAAUCCCACUGCGAAAAGGGGUGGCCCAAAGCAGCAGAAGUAGUACGUGUUCAGUGUGUGGGAAAAAUCUCCUCAGCAAAGCUGGUAUAAAUGCUCACUGGACAAAUCACAGGGGAAAGAAACAACUUAUGUGUUCAGAAUGUGACAAAGGUCGGGGUGACCAUUCAUGCCACGGGCCCUGUGUGAGAAUCCAUGGAGAAGCAAAACCGUUUAGGUGCUCAGCCUGUGGGAAGUGUUUUGCUCGGAGCACAAGUCUCUGUUCUCACAUGCGAGUCCACACCGGGGAGAAACCGUUCGAAUGCACGGAAUGUGGGAAGUGUUUCGGUCAGAGCCGAUACCUCAAUUCCCACAUGAGAAUCCACACAGGAGAGAAACCCUUUAAAUGUUUGGAGUGUGGGAAGAGCUUCAGUCAGAGCACAAACCUUGCUUCCCAUGUGAGAAUCCACACUGGGGAGAAACCCUUUAAAUGCCUGGAAUGUGGGAAGAGCUUCAGUCUCAGGGGUAGCUUGAGUUCUCAUCAACGAAUCCACUCAGGAGAGAAACCGUUUACCUGUUUGGAGUGCGGGCGGACCUUCAGGCACAAUUCAAACCUUACUUCUCACCUCAAGACCCACACGGGGGAGAAGCCAUUUAAAUGUUCCGAAUGUGGAAAAGGUUUCAGUCAGAGUGGAAGCCUUAUUUCCCAUAUUAGAAUUCACAAAGAUGAGAAACUGUUUAGAUGUUUGGAGUGUGGAAAGACCUUCAACCAUGUUGCAAACCUUACUGUUCAUCAGAGGAUUCACACUGGGGAGAAGCCAUUUAAAUGCCUCGAAUGCGGAAAGAGCUUCAGGCACAGGGAAAGCCUCAUUUGCCAUCAGCGAAUUGACACGGGUGAGAAACCAUUUAAAUGUUCCGAGUGCGGGAAGAAUUUCAGCCACAGCACACACCUGGCAUCCCACAUGAGAAUCCACACAGGAGAUAAACCUUUUAAAUGCUCUGAAUGUGGGAAGACCUUCCGCCACACAGCGAACCUUUCUUACCACCAAAAAAUGCAUAAAGGGGAAAAGCCAUUUCAAUGUGUGGUCUGUGGGAAGUCCUUCAUUCGAAGCACAUACCUCGUUCACCACAUGAGAACGCACACUGGAGAGAAACCGUUUACUUGUUUGGAGUGUGGAAAGCACUUUGGCCGGAGCACAACACUUAACAACCACAUGAGAACCCACACCAGGGAGAAACCCUUUACAUGCCUGGAGUGUGGGAAAACCUUUGGCAUUAGAGCACAAUUUACUUUUCACCAAAAAGACGCACACAGAGAUGAAGAAGCUGUUUAAGUGCUCCCAGUGUCACAAGUCCUUCAGGAAGAGCACAGACCUGACGUCCCAUCAGCGAAUCCAUACAGGUGUGAAUUUUGCAAAGAUUUCUCCACAACCUAUAAUCUAAUAAAUAAUAACCAU